AUGCCUGUGUGGGUGCGCGACUACAGCUGGGAGCAAACGGCUGAGGCGGUCUACCUGGCCGUGCCCGUGCGGGCCGCCCGUCACGGCAGCGUCUUCUGCACCGAGCAGUACCUCAAGGUGAAUUGUCCUCCGUUUUUAUUUGAAGCCAUUCUAUAUGCUCCUAUAGAUGAUGUUCAUAGUACUGCAAAAAUCGAGAAUGACUCCGUUUUCUUCACCCUCUAUAAAAAAGAAGUGGGCAUGUGGGAAUCCCUUCUUAUGGAAAAUGGUGACAAAGAGAAAAUGCAGAGAAUCCGAGAGGAUGCUGUGCGCAAAGCCCAAGAGGAUGCAAAAGCAGAAGCAGAAGCAAAAGCAACUCAGAAACGUGAACGCAGCAAGUUUGCUCUUGAGGCCACAAUGAAGCUAGAAGAAAUGGAAAGAAAAAGAAUAGAAGAACGGAAAGAAGAGGAACGAAAAAAAGCCACUGAGGAGAUUGAGAAAUGGAAAGAGCAAAAUGAGAAGCAAAAGAAGACUCAAGAAACCUACCAGUCACAUCAUGAAAGGAGAAAACCACUAGAGAAAAACAGGCAAAUUAAAUCUUCCAGUAAAGGAAAGUCCAAGCCAAGUACAAUGACAGGAGCUAGAAGUUCCAGAAAUAUGUUUUCAGAGAAGCUAAAGGAAGAAUCUCUCCCUGCUCCUCGGCCUACUGGUAGCAUCGAAAUAAGUUUCACCCCUCGUGUUUUCCCCACGGCUCUUAGAGAAUCCAGGAUUCCAGAAGAGGAGGAGUGGUUAUGUAAGCAGGCAGAGGCUCACAGGAUGAUAAAUGCAGAUAUUGCUGAGAUAGAGGAUCUAAAAGAAGAGGAGAAGAACCCGGAUUGGUUGAAAGAGAAGGGCAAUAAAAUGUUUGAAACAGGAAACUACCUUGCGGCCGUCAAUGCCUAUAACUUGGCACUUCGUAUCAAUAAUAAGAUCCCAACAUUAUAUUUGAAUCGAGCUGCUUGUCAUCUUAGGCUGAGAAACCUACACAAGGCAAUUGAGGAUUCAUCUAAGGCCCUGGAUUUAUUGACUCCUCCUGUCCCUGAAAAUGCUAAGGCUAGAGUGAAAGCUCAUGUGAGGCGUGGGACGGCAUUCUGCGAACUGGAAUUGUAUGCUGAAGGUCUUCAAGAUUAUGUUGCUGCUCUGAAGAUUGAGCCUACAAAUAAAAAUGUGGAAGAAGAUGCUGAGAAGAUUCGGCGUAUAAUUCAAGGAAAUGAAUGAUUCUGGAAAAACACACACUAUGUAUUUAGUGAUCA